AUGUCGGCCGACGCGCCGCAGUACCAGCACUUCAUCCCGCAGUUCAUCCUAAAGAACUUCGACCAUCCUUUCAGCUGCCCUCAGGCCCCCCACGAAUGGCUCAAAAUGCAAGAAGCACCAUCACGAAAAAGGAAAAUACCCCGGCGACCCGGUCAGGCUUACAAGAUUGAGGAGCUUUCUGUCCAACGCGUAUGCGGCCUGGUUGACAUGUACACAGAUCAGUCACCAAACGCACAAACCCCUCGCGAAUUGGAGGGCGAAUUCAGCAGGCUAGAGGGCAAGACGAGUAUUGUGAUUCGCAAGAUAAUUGGUGCUCACCAACGUGGAGAAGGAAAAGUCAAACUCACAAUGACACAGCAAAUAGUACUACGCAAAUUCGUUUAUUUACUGAACCAGCGAGGUUCAGGCUUCUUCAAGACGCACAACAGCGAUAGAAUCGAUGGGUAUGAAAAAAACGAUCGGCAUCUUCUGAAAGAGUUUAUGGACCGAAAUGGAAUUCCACGACCGUUGGAUGCUUGGUUACAGGGUUUCUUGAGUUCUAUCAUCGAUCUCGACAUGCGCAUAACAGCAGACUGGCAACAAACCCUGAAAUAA